UCGCGGUGGCCCAGACAUUCGUAGAGGAUGUGUGUAUUUCCCAACCACUUUGUUGCGGUGUGUGUUCUCAGUUGGUAUUAGAGAGAUGCUCCUCACGCCAGGAGUUCAGUAUCUCUCUGGCCCUGAGUGAAACAUCAGCUCCUUUCCCGCUAUCAGUCGAGUGAUAUUGUUUUUCCUGGAACUUGUAUCUCUUUACUUAGCCCAAUGGAGCAAAUUAUCAUCGGCAGAGAGUUGCAGGAGUCCCGCAUGGCCAUCUUUGGCAGCUACCAACCCAGGCGCCACAAAAAUGUUCAUAUAGACACCAGUGUGUUGAGGAGCACCUUCUACAGGUCCCCCAGCAAGAGAAACACGAGGAGGCGCAGUAGGAAGACCUUACACAGGACCUGCGGGCUGAUCAUGAGAGAUGAAAUGGACUUCAUUGUGGUCGAGCAGGAGAAGCCACUCUUUCUCAGUGUCAAAGAACUCGUGAAAUUCGACGGCGACGACGACGACGACGACGACAACAACAACAGCAACGACGAUGAAAGCGACAAGAGUUUACGAAGCAGUUUAAGCAGCGGGUUUUUUGAGGGUAGCGAUAACCACAGCAGGAGAAGCAGCAGCAGCACCGUCAGCAACGCCGUACUUGCAUUCUUCGAAUGUCAGACAGAAGAGCUGCUGACCGAUGUUCUGUACUCAGUCCACUUCCUGAUGGGGUGCUCGGGUGAGGGUGUGUGGGCGGUAGGUGGGCCUGCGGUCACCGCCGCAGCCGCAACCGGUAGCCAGACCGCUGCAGACUCUUCUAACCGCACCAGCGUCUCCCUCGACCAGGUCCUGCACGUUUUACAAGAAGCCUUUCAGGUCAAUGAGGAGGCAAUAGAACGUCUCACUCAGGAAAUUCAAAGGAAGCCUGUGAGUAUCAGUGUGUGUGUGUGUGUGUGUAACACUGGAACGCAUUAAUGUUUGGAAGCUCAU